UUCAGCGCGUAUCACGGGCACACAAGCCUGUUAACGGACCUUUCCUCAUAUAAACAAAAACAAAUGAACAAGACGUGCGAUAAGGAUUAUGUACACGUGAUCCCUGUCCCAGACCCCUACCGUGGAAAAUAUCGAGGUUACAAUGAAGAGACUGGCGUCAAGUAUGCUAAUGAAGUCAAGGAGACGAUAGAAAAUGCUCACAGUAAAGGACGCAAGGUUAGCAUAUUGCCCAUAGAUAUCUUAUAUACACUAGAUAGUGCAUCUAAUUAUUCUGAAAUUCAAAAAUUGAAGCCGUGAUUGCAGUCUCAGGUCGUUCCCAUGAAAUUAGAAGGUUCGUAUGUUUCCUAUUUCUUAAACAGGGAACUUAAACAUCAAGUUAACCCGAUUCCAAAUUCGUUUUUAAAAUAUUCAAGUGAUGAAAGUUAUUAUGGCCGUCAUCUAUUCAAAUGGGGGUAACCGCUGGAAUAUUCUUGGCUUCAAUUUUACUAAAAGAGAUGCGCUAUCUAGUGUAUAUAAGAUAUCUAUGAUAUUGCGCUGUUUAUCUUUAAGAGGCAAUUUUUUCAAUGUCACGUAUUUGCGAUGAAAAGUAUUCAAAAUCUAAAAUCUUUUUGGUGCUCCUCUCAGAAUAACUUUGUUUUAGCUUUCCAGGUGAUCUUGAUACGCGGAAAAGUACUGGCACUAGUUGUCAAAUAGAAAUCCAUUUUAUGAUUAAAACAACUGAAUAUCUCCUGUAAUAUACUUUAUUUCGAUUCCAUAUUUUUGUCAGAGCUAUAGUUCUCAUAACCAAACAUAAUUACAAAAUUUCAACUAGUUUCAUGAAGAAUAACGAAAGAUAUAAUUGACUGAAUACAUCAAAAUGGAUUUCUAUUCGGACAACCCUUUCUGAGCGCUGAUUGGCUAAAAUACGAACACGAGAUCACCUGGUUAUUUUGUAGUUUACAAAGUCAGUAACCUUUUUAAAUGUAUCUGGCGGUUGAGAAACACAAAAUAAUAGUUAAAUAUUGUCAAUUUAAAUACAGAUGCUGUGAAAUUGACGCCAUAUUUAUACAGCGAUAUAAGCAAAACGUACUGAACUUCAGACAUCUUUUUCUCUUUGGCGUACCAUCUAAAAUCUCUUCAUUUUAGCAUACUUUUACAGAUAAAGCACUAAACAUACUUUUUAAGUUUGUUUUCCGCUUGAGAAACGUAUUAAAAAUUUAAAAAAUUUGAAUAUAGUCAUACCCAAGUGGCAAGUGGAAAAGUAUAUGGAAAAGUAUAUGUGUUUUGAGCGCGUGUUACGUUACAUACAAAAGAUUCUCUCCUCUUAAUACGAAAAUUUGGGGCAUUGCCCAAGGACAAAUUGAGGUUUGUCUUGCUUUAUCAAGCAGAGUAAACUGAAUUUGCAAUUAACCAUGGUAUAAUUUCUACGAUGUACAUAACUCAAUUCGCUUGCGAAACAUUGCGUCCCAGCCAUCUUUCCCAAAGGUGGGCAAACCAGGAACCAUUGUAUAGUUUCUGCAUGAUACGUAACUUAAUUCAACCCAAAUGUCAGAUGCCAAGCAUUUAUUUGAUUGGCUUUUUUUGUACUAUAUUAGCCAAACUGGCUUCCGAAUCAUAUUAUGAACUUUUGCAGUCGACGGUUUAAUACUGUUACUGUACGUAAAAAUUGCAAUUUGUUCGCGUCGUUUGCAAUUGCUAGAGCAAUCAGCCCAUCAAUAUUGCAAUAUUGCGUGACAAUAUUGCAAUGUUGCCCUCAACGGAACAUCGGAUUUGACUGUAAGACUCGACUAAUUAUAGCAGGACGAUUUCGUUUCCCUAAGAACAUAACCUCUGCUUUUUAAAUUAAGGACGGCUGUUUUGUAUACAUUUUUAUGAUGCUGCUAUUAUUUAGAUUGCGGCGUUUUUGGUCGAGUCAGCGCAAGGAGUUGGCGGACAAAUUUUCUAUCCUGAUGGCUUUCUCAAACAUUCUUUCAAGUAAGAAAUGCGAGCUGUAUUUAAAGUUUUCACCUUUCCAACCAAAAUUUUUUGUUGGUUGAAAUAUUUGUAUACGUCUAGUUAUUAAUUUCCUGUGUAGUAUAUGCUAAAUGCUUGGGUUAUUUUCUGUCUCUCUAGGCAUGUUCGUGAGGCAGGGGGUGUCUGCAUUGCUGAUGAGGUUCAGACUGGAUUUGGUAGAGUUGGUGAUAAUUUCUGGGUGUUUGAAGGACAAGGUUGGUUUUUACUUCAUUGCUUGGUGGUGAUAGUAGUGGUGAUGAUGAUAGUGAUAAAGGUGGUGGUGACGAUGAUGGUAGUGAUGAUGCUAAUGGUGACGAUGAUGAUAAUAGUGAUGAUGAUGAUAGUGAUGAUGAUAGUGAUGAUGAUGAUAGUGAUGAUGAUGAUGAUAGUGAUGAUGAUGAUGAUGAUAGUGAUGAUGAUGAUAGUGAUGAUGAUGAUGAUAGUGAUGAUGAUGAUGAUAGUGAUGAUGAUGAUAGUGAUGAUGAUGAUAGUGAUGAUGAUGAUGAUAGUGAUGAUGAUGAUGAUAGUGAUGGUGAUGAUGAUGAUGAUAGUGAUGAUGAUGAUAGUGAUGAUAGUGAUGAUGAUGAUGAUAGUGAUGAUGAUGAUGAUAGUGAUGAUGAUGAUGAUAGUGAUGAUGAUGAUGAUGAUGAUGAUGAUGAUAGUGAUGAUGAUGAUAGUGAUGAUGAUGAUAGUGAUGAUAAUGAUGAUAGUGAUGAUAAUGAUGAUAGUGAUCAUGAUGAUGAUAGUGAUCAUGAUGAUGAUAGUGAUCAUGAUGAUGAUAGUGAUCAUGAUGAUGAUAGUGAUCAUGAUGAUGAUAGUGAUCAUGAUGAUGAUAGUGAUCAUGAUAAUGAUAGUGAUGAUGGUGAUGAUAGUGAUGAUGGUGGAGGUGGUGAUGAUGAAGGUGAUGAUCAUGAUGAUGCUGAUUAUGAUGAUGAAGAUGAUCAUGAUGAUGAUGGUGAUGAUCAUGAUGAUGAAGAUGAUCAUGAUGAUGAUGAUGAUGGUGAUCAUGAUGGUGAUCAUGACGAUGAAGGUGAUGAUGAUGAUGAUGAUGUGAUAAUGAUGGUGAUCAUGAUGAUGAUGAUGUGAUAGUGAUCAUGAUGAUGGUGAUCAUGAUGAUGAUGAUGUGAUGAUGGUGGUCAUGAUAUGAUGAUGGUGGUGAUGAUAAUAGUGAUGAUGCUAAUACCCAUGAUGUUGUUUGUUGGUAGAUGGUGAUGAUGAUGAUCAGGUAAUGGUAGGGAUGAUGAUAGUUCUGGUUAUGAUAGUGAUGCUGUCUUGUUAUAGUUUAGUUUCACUUCAAUUGAAAAAUUUCAUUUUAGAUGUGGUUCCUGACAUUGUAACGAUGGGUAAACCGAUAGGCAAUGGUCAUCCGAUAUCUCUGAUCGUAACGACACAAGAAAUAGCAGACUCAUUUGGUGCGUGUGGGGCAACAUACUUUAAUACGGUGAGUUUCAAACUGUACAGGUUCAAACACGGCCAGUUUUGGUCGUUUAGACCCCAGAAAAAGCGUAGAAAAGCCAGGAAAUAUUGUUUCCCAGCCAUGUUUCUCAAAGGUGGGCAAACCAGGAAACAUUGUUUCCUAGCCAUGUUUCCCUAAGGUGAACAGUAAUUCUAGGUAUGCAUUGUAAAUUUUUUAACCUAAAUGAAAUUGUUUCUAAAACUAAACUUAUAUUUCAAAUCUUUAACAUUUAGUUUGGUGGCAAUCCUGUUUCGUGCGAAGUUGCUCAUGCGGUUCUUGACGUUAUUGAAGAAGAAGGACUACAAGAACACGCUUUGCAAGUUGGAAACUUCUUGUUAAAACAUUUGAAAGAGCUUCAGAAAGUACAUCCACUCAUAGGCGAUGUCAGGUAUUAGAUUGACGAAGGUUUUUGUAGUUGAAACAAUGAAUACGCAGACUUUAGAUUUAACCGGGAGCGGAAAAUGUAACUUUAGAACGUGUUAGGUUCUAGGGUUGGGCGAUAUUAAAAAAAUCAUCUCACGAUUAUUGUCAAGGAAAUUAUGACGAUAUUCGAUAAUAUCGCGAUAAAUGCAAUAAGAACAAUGACCACAUUUUUCAAUUUUAAUUAUCAAAGCAUAGUAAGCUUAUAUAUAAUCUUAUUAAAAGUUAAAACAAUUAGUAAAACAACAAAUUAAAGUAAUAUGAAGGCUAUUUCUAGUCUAAUAUUUACUGGUCAUAAACCUGAACUGUCUUAUGCAGUGUCUACUGUGUCUCCGCUGGCACAAAUGCAGUGGGCACACAGCGUAAGCAAAACUGACCUGCAAUUUCAUUGUUCAGCGGAUUAAUACGUAAAUGUUAGCUUUUGUAUCGUAUUAAAUUCGUAUUUAAUUCAGGAAAUAGUUUUAAUUCUUUUAAAAACUAUAUUUUCUAGGAAUUGAAAGAAUUUUUUUAGGAUUUUAUAAAAGCUAUAUACACAUGCGAAGCAAUAUCACGAUAGUCAUCGAACAUGACGAUAAUUUCGAUAUAUCGUCGCUUAAGUUUCUUCCUUCGAUACGAAAAUCGCGAUUGAAAAUAUCGCGAUAAAUCGAAAUAUCGCCCAACCCUAUUAGGUUCAAACAUAGUCUUUCGAGACAUGGUCUGGAAACUCAGUAAACUUCAAAGCGGUUAUAAUGAGCUGGGAUUUUAUGUUGAACCGUACCCUUUAUACCACCGUGCACAUCCUUUGUUUUAGGUUUAUGUACUAUUUAAAAAACGAGCAGGAGUGUUAUAUUAGGUUUAAAGCCACGAGCGCGCAGCGCGAGUGGCUUUAGACCUAAUAAAACACGACCUGCGAGUUUUUUAAAUAGCUUCAAAAACGUUUGCAUAAUAAGUCAAAUCUUUAUAUAAAAAUCUUUAUAUAAAAAUCUUUAUAUAGUUUGCAUAACAAUGGUCUUUUGUUAAAGUGUUCUUUAGCUGGUAUAAACACGUAUGCACGUGACUAAUUUCUUACUCAAGAUUGGAUAAUUGCUUCAUGAAUUAUUAAUGAGUUUUUGAAUAAUAUUUAAAUAGCAUGGUUGAAUGACUGAAUUGAAACGUUGCUAUUGGAUGAUUCGUUCAUUAUAUUGAAAUACAAUGUGUUCAUCGACCGUGCAUCGCGCACAAAGACUUUAGCGGAGUUUCCAAACCAUGUUUUGAAAGACCAUGGAUCCACGCAGUUCAGUUUUGCUGACAAGUUAUUAUUUGUUCAUAUGUAAUAACUUUUGUUUUUGUUGUUUUUCAACAGAGGUAAAGGAUUAUUCAUUGGAAUAGAACUUGUAACAGACGAAGAAAAGAGAAUUCCUGCAAAAACCGAAGCUUUGCAAGUUAAGCUAAAGUAAGUUUUACCAAAUGUGGUUAUUUUUGGGAAAAACAGCCAGGAAACAAUGUUUCCUGGUUUGUCCACUUUUGGGAAACAUGGCUAGGAAACAAAUGUUUCCUGGUUUGUCCACCUUUGGGAAACAUGGCUAGGAAACAAUGUUUCCUGGUUUGUCCACCUUUGGGAAACAUGGCUAGGAAACAAUGUUUCCUGGUUUGUCCAUCUUUGCGAAAUAUAGCUAGGAAACAAUGUUUACUGGUUUGGCCACCUUUGGGAAACAUGGCUAGGAAACAAUGUUUACUCGUUUGUCCACUUUUGGGAAACAUGGCUAGGAAACAAUGUUUACUGGUUUGCCCACCUUUGGGAAACAUGGCUAGGAAACAAUGUUUACUGGUUUGUCCACUUUUGGGAAACAUGGCUAGGAAACAAUGUUUCUUGGUUUGUUCUCCUUAGGGAAACAUGGCUAGGAAACAAUGUUUCCUGGUUUGUCCACCUUUGGGAAACAUGGCUAGGAAACAAUGUUUACUCGUUUGCCCACCUUUAAGAAACAUGGCUAGGAAACAAUGUUUACUCGUUUGCCCACCUUUGGGAAACAUGGCUAGGAAACAAUGUUUCCUGGUUUGUCCACUUUUGGGAAACAUGGCUAGGAAACAAUGUUUCCUGGUUUGUCCACCUUUGCGAAACAUGGCUAGGAAACAAUGUUUCCUGGUUUGUUCACCUUUGGGAAACAUUUCUAGGAAACAAUGUUUCCUGGUUUGUUCACCUUUGGGAAACAUGGCUAGGAAACAAUGUUUCCUGGUUUGUCCACCUUUGGGAAACAUGGCUAGGAAACAAUGUUUCCUGGUUUGUCCACCUUUGGGAAACAUGGCUAGGAAACAAUGUUUCCUGGUUUGUUCACCUUUGGGAAACAUGGCUAGGAAACAAUGUUUCCUGGUUUGUCCACCUUUGAGAAACAUGGCUAGGAAACAAUGUUUCCUGGUUUGUCCAUCUUUGUGAAACAUGGCUAGGAAACAAUGUUUCCUUGUUUGCCCACCUUUGCGAAACAUGGCUAGGAAACAAUGUUUCCUGGUUUGUCCACCUUUGCGAAACAUGGCUAGGAAACAAUGUUUCCUGGUUUGUUCUCCUUAGGGAAACAUGGCUAGGAAACAAUGUUUCCUUGUUUGCCCACCUUUGGGAAACAUGGCAUAAAAUAGUAUUAAAAACUCUACAGUCCUUCAAUGAAAUGAAAUUAAGUGCUUUUUAUUUCCAUUUUAGAUUAAAAGAUAGAUAUAUAAUUGUAAGUUUGGAUGGACCAGACGAAAACGUAUUAAAACUCAAGCCACCGAUGUGCUUUAGCCGUUCAGACGCCGAGUUCUUAUUGAGCAACUUAAAUGAAGUCCUAAGCGAAGUUGAAGCGACGAUGCAGAGAUGAACACGAAGUGUUUUAUGGUUGAACAAUUUUUAAGAGAAAAAUAAACAUUGGGAUGUAUAACCAGGGAUAAUCCGUCUAUAACACGAUGUGUAUAAAUGGCCCGAAUAAGAUUAAAUCCGUUUGGACAAUAACAGUUAAACUACGUCAAGUGUACCUGUUUUGAAUUAGAAAAAUUGAUUGCAAUUUUCCUCAUUGCCUUUGCAAUUAAAAAACAACUCCCUUGCAAAUCCCUUGAGGGAAAUUACAAUGUUGCUAGAAGCCGAUUAAAUUUUUCUCGGUUUCUGUUAGAAGUUCCUAACUUCCUGUUCUGUUCUGCGCGUUCUUUCUCACAUGGCUUCGGAAAGUAGGAAGCAAAGUCUAAAGGACUAACUCCAAACCAAAUAUACGCUUGAGUAACUUGUAUAAUUCAAAACUAACCGAGUUUUGAAAUAUGAAUCGUGCAGUUACUGGCUAACUCCAAAAAUCAUUUGGAGCUAGGUAUAACUCCAAACAUCAUGAAAAAGUAGGUAUCUAAAGCCCUGGGCAAACUAGGAAACAUUGUUCCGGAAACAUUGUUUCCUACCAAUGUUUCGCCAUGUUUCCAAGAGUGUGCAAACACUAGGAAACAUUAGUGAGAAACAUAGGGAAACAUCAAAUGUUUCUGAGUUCACUAGGAAACAUUUUUGCUUCUCGGGAAGCAAAUUUUGUUUCCGCAACAAUGUUUCCACGGAUCGGCAAACAGGGAAACAUUUGAGGAAACAUCGAGAAUCACAAAUGUUCUUACCACAACAAUGUUUCCUAGUUUGCCCAGGGCUUAAGCCUUGAAAGUUUCAGAUUUUCUAAUGGAAGCCCCCAGUGGCACACUUGGUAUUUUGUUCUCGUUCAGAGGCUAAAUUUUGAUCUGCAGUUGUGGAGCAACCCAAUCUCGUACCGUCGACCCUAGUCAUGCUCUCUUAACUGCGUGUAAGGCGGGCUCUGGGUACAAGAAUGUGGCAUAGCCUAGCUCCACUUGAAGACUGGCUACCUCCACAAAAAUUAAAUCUACACGUAUGCUUUCUCACUGCCGAUUUUUCUGCCAUUUUUUGGGGUACUGCCGUCUUCCACGUUUGAGAGUCUCUGCACCACAAAAUAAAACUUUUUAGUUUUGUAGUUGUUUGUAUAAUGGUAAAUUUACAGUUGCAACUUUUAAAAGUCGCUUUUCACGUUGUUUGAAUGGACCUUUCCCCUUAUAACUAAAAUUUCGGUCUAGACAAAAAUUUCAUCACAGCUUGAAAGAGCAUCACAAAAUUAGUAAUAUUCCAAGGUUGUGUUGCAAAAUCUUGUAAAAUGCGGAUAAUAUAGCCUUGCGAAGUUUGCCGUUUUUCAGUCAUUUUGUAUUACGCACGGGAAAUUGACAUCCGAUUCGGGUGUUGGGGCAUCAAUUUCCCGUUUGUAAUGCAAAAUGACUGAAAAUUGCAAACUUCGCAAGGCUCUAUUUUCCUCAUUUUACAACAUUUCGCAACGAAACCUUGGAAUAUUAAUAAUUUUGUGAUGCUCUUUCAAGCUGUGAUGAAAUAUUUGUCUAUAGACUUGCCUAGAUCAAAAUUUUGAUUAUAAGGGGAAAGGUCUAUUGGCUAGAAUCUUUCACGAGGACAGACAGUACCCCAAAAAUGGCGCAUUUUGGCCUUCGUGAGAAAGACCAAUUGGCUAACAAAAAUAAUUCACCGAUGACAACGUUCAGAACAGAACAGGGGCCAAUUGUACGAAGGUCGGAUAGCGCUAUCCACCGCGGAUAGUGAUUUUUCAACCUUUGUAAAAUGCUUGAAAAACUGUGAAACUACGGAUAUAGACGACACAAGUAGUAUAAAAAACAUUUAACUUAUAAAUACUAAACUUUAAUACGAGUUAUACCAAUCAACGACCGAUUUAACAAAGCUUGAAAAAAUCACUAUCCGAUGGAUAGCGUUAUCCCGGCCUUCGUACAGCCGGCUGGGGGAAGUCAGGAAAUUAAAACAGGAAGUUAGGAAAAUUUAAAAUGAAGUUUUUACAAAUUCCCUCGAGGGUUUGCAAAGAGUUUUUCAAACUUGCAAAGCUGAUGAGGAAAAUUCCAAAUGAGUUAGGAAGUCAAAAGAGAAACGCUUCACGUAGUUUACUUGAUAAUUUAGGGUUCGUAGUGGAUUAAUAAGUACAAGACCUUUGAAAGGUCUUUCAAUUGUAUGAAAAAGCAAAGAAAAUAUUUUUAUGUCUUUAAAUUCUCUAAUUACUAAGUAUUUGAUAUAUGUAUUUGUGAAAACGAGAAACCUUUUCUCCGUUGAUAUCGACAGGCUUGAACAAGGUUGUAAUACACCCUAAGAACAUGUUGUCCAGGAUUGUUACAACUGAACAAUACUGUAACAACAUUGUUGACAACUUCUGGUCUGCAAACAAGUUGUUACAAAUCUGUUCACAAGCUGUCGACAAGUUGUGUUCGCACUGCUUGUUCCCAGUUGUUGUAACAAGUUUGGAACAAGCUGUUAACAACUUGUAACAAGCUUGAUGGCAUUUAUCAAACUUGUUACAAGGUUGUUCUAACAAGUCUGAUACAGUCAUGAUAUCCAGGUGAUCUUGAUACGCGGAAAAGUACUGGCACUAGUUGUCAAAUAGAAAUCCAUUUUAUGAUUAAAACAACUGAAUAUCUCCUGUAAUAUACUUUAUUUCGAUUCCAUAUUUUGUCAGAGCUAUAUAAUUCUCACAACCAAACAUAAUUACAAAAUUUCAACUAGUUUCAUGAAGAAUAACGAAAGAUAUAAUUGACUGAAUACAUCAAAAUGGAUUUCUAUUCGGACAACCCUUUCUGAGCGCUGAUUGGCUAAAAUACGAACACGAGAUCACCUGGAUACCAAGAAUGUUACAAGGUUGACGACACAAGGUUGUAACAAUAUUAGCAAGUAACAAAAGGCGCGUUUUAAGGCAUAUCUUAAGCAUGCACAAUAGAUCGAUUGCCUUUCCAGGUAUCACAUAGACAUGAAAUUCAUUUUACGAAAUCAAUAAGUAUUUUAUCUUAAAUAGUACUAUUUAUGAUAUUUGCAGUAUUAUUACCGAACCUCGUACCCAGGGUAUUUCCUCUCGGGGAGAAAAGACCCUCAGCUGGUAGACCCUGGUCAUUUGAUCUGCUAAAAUCUAGUAGAUUUCUGAUUAACUAUCUUGGAUUCCAUUACGACAAUCAUACAAAAAGCAAAUUAUAAAUUAAACUAUAAAAAUCAUCCAAAUAUCAAAUAUUUAUUGACCUCAUCUUGGAUUGCUAGUUAAAAAUCUGCUAGAUUUUAGCAGAUCACGUGACCAGCGUCUACCAUGGUCAGGGUUUGUAGUCUCCGAGACCAAAAAAAUUCCAAAGACUUUCAAAGAUUUUUCUGCCUAUUGUCAAAGACUUUUCAAAGACCUUUGAGAGCAAUCAGGUAUCGAAAAAUUGCGAGUGUAAGCACAAUUUUUACCAGGUAAUUAGUCGCAUCAAAUCACAUCCUAAAAUGCACUUUUUCAUCGAUAUUUGCAAAAAUCUUGCUUCAAUCAAUCUAUUUUAUUAGCUAGGAAAUCGUAUAAUCAAAUAAUCGCUGACUAAAGAAUUUAAAGACUUUUUUCGCUUUUACACACGAACCCUGAUGAUCUUUUCUCCCUCGCCAAGAGGAAAGACCCUGAGUACGAGGUUGUAUUAUUACCAUACUGGUAUGGCCUCGUUGUCAGUGAUGAUAAAGCGACAUGCAAGCAAAAGACAAUAUUCGUCUCUGUGAACAAGUGGGCAAAACUGUAAUUCAUAAUGAGCAGACUGGUUCCUGGCCCAGUGAUAAUACGAAACAUCACACAAGGCGUACAUUUUACGUUCUCACCCGAGAUUUCUUUAUCGUCUGAGUAUUUUCUUUCAAAACUGUGUUAAGUUCAUCCAGGGUCCAACCACUCUGACUAGAUUUCUUAGCUAUUCUAUUUUUUGCCUGAAAAGAUCAAGCCUAAGUGAGUUUCAAUUGAUUUCGAGCCAGAGAUUAUACACAACUUGGCAAUUUUUGAUGAAAUUGGG